UUUAUUUGCAGCUGUAUUUCCAAGAACUGAGCAGGCUAUCUCCUCCGAAAAAGAGCUUUUGAAAGUAUUAAGAUUUUAUAAAUAUACCACAGAGAGAUUCUGGGAAAAAAUGAGGGAAGACACGAAGAGUGCAGAGGACAUACAUCAAUCGAAAACAUAUAAUGAUACUGAAAUCAAAAGGGAUUGCAACAAUUCGAAGAUGUCUUCUAUAUCGGAUAAUUUAAAGUGCUCGAAUGCUUCAGCAGAAGAAAUAAUACAAAACCCAGGUAUUAGGAAGUCUUUUUUCCAGUACCGCUACAUAGUGGCAUUGCUGGGAUUUUCUACGUUCUUCCAAAUAAACUUUUAUAGAAUAGCAACAAGUAUUAGUAUUGUUGCUAUGGUCAACAACUCAGCCAUAAGCUAUGAAUCAAAUUCUAGUACAAACGUUGCAUCUUGCUUGUCAAAUUCAUCAGCCGGGGAAGAAUUUAUUGAUUUCCAAAUGACAGGAGAAUUUAAUUGGAGUCCUGACACCCAAGGUUAUAUAUUAAGUGCAGGUUUUUUAGGCUAUGUAAUAACUCCGAUACCAGGAGGAAUGUUGUCGGAAAUCUACGGCGGAAAAAUUAUCAUCGUCAGUGGACUUUUUAUGUCCACCAUAGCUCAUAUACUUUCGCCUCUUGCUGCCCAGCACAGUAGCCAUUUGAUGAUUCUAGCGCAGAUUAUUAGAGGAGCUGGCCAGGGCCUUUUGAUGGCUCCAUAUUCGAUUAUUGCUUCCAACUGGUUCCCCAGUGUAGAAAGAGGUCUAUUCAAUUCCUUAAUUUUGGCCGGUAUCGCUGUAGGAGCCCUGAUAAGUGCGUUUUCCGCUGGAACUUUGUGCGCAUCAUCAAUUCUUGGAGGAUGGCCGUCUGUAUAUUAUAUAUACGGUAGCAUAGGAUUAGUACAAUGCUUUUGCGUUCAACAAUUUUUGUAUGAGUCUCCCAAGAUUCAUCCUAAGAUUACAGAAGAGGAGAAGAGCUAUAUUUUACAUUACCAGGAGGCUGAUUUAAAUAAAAAAAGGCCUCCAACGCCUUGGAAAGAUAUCACAAGAUCAAUACCUGUUUAUGCGAUGACUUACGCUAUGUUUGGAGCUUACUGGGCUGCAACACAUUUACUUACCAUACAUCCAAUAUUUCUUACAACUAUGUUGCAUUUUUCCUUGGAAGAAAAUGGAUUUCUCGUUUCUCUGACUUUUGUAAUUCAAAUUAUUCUCUCGUUUGGCACAAGUUUUGUAUCUAAUUGGCUGAAUAGACACAAUCUUGUUGGAGUGGAUAAGCUUCGAAAAGGGAUCAACUUCCUAGCAAGCCUUGGAUAUUCUCUCGGUUUGCUGGGCAUAUAUUUUGCUGGUUGUGACGCAACAAUGAGCAAAUGGCUUGGAAUUAUUGGAAUGAGUUUCAGCGGCUUUGUUUUUGGUGGCUGCAUGAUUGUCCCGCUUGAUAUGUCUCCUACUUUUGCAGGAACAUUAAUGGGGUUGACUACCACUGCAGCAAGUUCUGCAGCAUUCAUUCUUCCUCUUAUUUAUGGAAAAAUGAUUCAGGAAGAGCAAUCUUUGGCACAAUGGAAUAAGAUUUAUUUUAUAAGCAUCGCAGUUAUCAUGAGUGGAGGAAUAAUUUUUUGUCUCUUUGGAUCAGCAGAGAUUCAACCCUGGAAUUACACUUCAGAAGACCAAAGAAGAAAUAACUGCUCAAAAGACGGAAAGAAGAAAGACAAAAUUAAUGAAACCGUCACGGCAAUUGAAGCCGUAGUUCACCUUUAA